CCUGCUCAUAGGGACGUGAACAGUCCCUUCCUGUUUUACUGGCGAUCAGAGAGAAACAUUGACGCCGCGAUAGAGACGCGCAAGCUCCCAUUAUGUCUGGAACCGCUCGCUCCCUUCAAGACCAGGAUUUUUGUUUGCCUACGUGAAACCGGCAACCAGCAAUGUCGCCUUAUAGCGCAUAAAUGGCACUUGACGAGUCAUAGUCUACAUAUAUAUUUUGUAUCGCGCUGCUACAACCCUUGCUCCUUCUUCUGUCAAUGAUUGUCCUACCCAUAUAAGCCUACUCAUGGCGGAGACCAAAAUCAUAUACCAUAUCGACGAAGAAGAAACCCCUUAUUUAGUGAAACUGACGGUUUCUCCGGAGAAAGUCACGUUGGCGGAUUUUAAAAAUGUCCUCAACAACCGUCCGGUCAACAGUUAUAAAUUCUUUUUCAAAUCUAUGGAUCAGGAUUUCGGGGUUGUCAAAGAAGAAAUCUCUGAUGAUAACGCCAAGCUGCCCUGCUUCAACGGCAGAGUGGUGUCCUGGUUGGUGUUGGCUGAAGGCACACACUCGGAUGGCGGAUCUCAGUGCACAGAGAGCCACAAAGAGCUGCCACCACCCUUGGAGCGAACUGGAGGGAUUGGAGAUUCCAGACCCCCCUCUUUCCAUGCCAAUGCUGUGAGUAGUCGGGAUGGAUUGGACACAGAGACGGGGACGGAGUCUCUCCAGAGCCAGCGGAGAGAGCGGGAGAGGGAGCGAGCUCACAGGAGGGCACGAGAAAUCCCUCGUGUGAACGGUCACUCGAAAUCGGAGCGUGGGAAUCGUGACUCAGUUGUUGGCUAUGACAGUGCGUCAGUGAUGAGCAGUGAGUUGGAAUCCAGCUCUUUUAUCGACAGUGAGGAGGAUGAGGUUGCCAGCAGCCACAGACUUAGCAGUUCAACCGAGCAGAGCUCUUCAUCACACCUCAUGCGUAGACACAAACGCCGACGACGGAGGCAGAAAGUCACCAAAAUGGACAGGUCCUCAUCCUUCAGUAGUAUUACAGACUCCACAAUGAGUCUCAACAUUAUCACUGUCACUCUCAAUAUGGAGAAGUACAACUUCCUGGGCAUCAGUAUAGUGGGUCAGAGUAAUGACAGAGGAGAUGGAGGCAUCUAUAUUGGCUCCAUUAUGAAAGGUGGCGCGGUGGCGGCUGACGGCAGGAUUGAGCCUGGAGACAUGCUGUUACAGGUCAAUGACGUAAACUUUGAGAACAUGAGUAAUGAUGAUGCUGUCAGGAUUCUACGGGAGCUCGUCUCCAAACCUGGGCCGAUAAGCCUAACAGUGGCGAAAUGUUGGGACCCCUCUCCUAGAAGCUACUUCACCAUCCCUAGAGCCGAGCCGGUGAGACCCAUCGACCCUGCUGCCUGGAUCUCACACACUACAGCACUUUCUGGGCCAUACCCCCAUUAUGAGUUUGAUGACCUCCCCCUUUCGGUGUCAAAAACAGACAUGGCAACUAUAGUAAAGGUCAUGCAGCUACCAGAUUCAGGCCUGGAGAUCAGAGACCGAAUGUGGUUGAAGAUCACUAUAGCCAACGCUGUCAUCGGGGCUGAUGUUGUCGACUGGUUGUUCUCACGGGUGGAGGGCUUCAAGGACCGUCGGGAUGCUAGAAAAUACGCCAGUAGUUUGUUGAAACACGGCUACCUGAGACACACAGUCAAUAAAAUCACCUUCUCGGAGCAGUGCUACUACACUUUUGGAGACCUGUGCCAAAGUAGCAGAAGCAGUGGCUCCAACCCCAGCGCUGGGAAAGGACGGAGACCCUCCCCUCGAGAAAAGGACCAUAAGGCACCGUGCUGUGGGGGCAGCGAAUCAGAAAUGGGAACGUGGGUCGGAAGGAGGGGUGAGAGAGCACCCAGUCAGCUAAGUCAUCAAAGCCACAGCCGCUCUGCUGCCAGUCAGGCCCACUCCAGCCACAGCAACGCUCAUUCUGGGUACAGCCACGGCCAGUGUCACAGCGUCUUGCAGCAUAGCCACAAGUUCACCUACAGCCAUGCCCCUUUCAUUCAGCCCAAUCAUCUGUCCUGUGCCCACAGUGAGAGAAGUCACGGCUCUUCGUACGGCCCACCGGGUCUGCCCCCUCCUUACUGCCUCGCUCACCUCGCCCCCAAAGCGGCAGCAAGCAACAGCCCACCUGGGGCUCCUCCCGUCCGGGAGCUAGCAAACGUCCCCCCAGAACUCACAGCUAGUCGGCAGUCUUUUCAACACGCUAUGGGCAAUCCUUGUGAAUUUUUUGUUGAUAUUAUGUGA